AUGUGUGAACAACUACUUACAAAUUAUUGUUCUCAUAAGAACUAUCGAUAUAUAAACAGUACCACCACAUCAUAUUUAUCUCCUGUGAAUUUGCUUGUUGUUACAUUAUGGCACUUGAAGCAUUAUCAUUCUGUACGUUGUAUUUCUACAGAAUUAAAUUUGGGCCCAUCAACAGUACAUUAUUUAUUAUCAGAAGUUGUGGAUAUUUUACAUUCUUGUAUAUAUCCAGAAUUAAUUUCAUUACCUGCUGAUAUAUCCAAUAGAACCACACCACAUGGACCCGAAGAACAUCAUAAAUUAAUAGUUGAUUCAACUUUCAUCGCAAUACCUCAACCUGAUGAUUUAGAUCAACGUAAAGCAUAUUAUGAUUCAAAAAGUUCAACAAAUUAUGCAUUUAAAGUACAAAUUGCCUGCGAUUUUUCUUAUAAAAUAGUACAUGUAUCUGAAUGUUAUCAAGGCAGCGUACAUGAUAUUACAAUUCUAAGAGAAUCAGGACUAUUGGAACAUGUAAAAGAAUCUGUACAAAUCAUUGGUGACAAAGGAUAUAUCGGUGAAGAAUAUGUAGUCACUCCAACAAAGAAACCUCACGGACGUGAAUUAACAGAUGAAGAAAAAAAUUUCAAUCGUGAUAUCGAUAGUGCAAGAGCGGCUAUUGAGAAUAUUAUUCAACGUCUCAAAAUCUAUGCUAUUUUGGAUAGUGUUUACAGAGGAACUAUUGAUGAUUUUGAUAAAAUAACUAAAAUCGUACAAGUUGUUUCUGCUUUAUGUAAUAUGAACUUGAAUAAACAUCCAAUUCGUAAAUAA